AUGGAUGCUAAAGAUGCUGGAGGGAUGGGAAAAAAAAGUGCUCUGAAUGUAUCUGCUUUUACGCAGAUUGAUAGUGUUGUGAGAGCAAGAAAUCUUCUCUUUGAUGGGAGCAAUAAUCAUCGCUCUAGUGAUGCAAAUGACUUGUUAUUAGGGGCCGGUCUCACAAAUCUUGAAUAUGGAUACCUUUGUGAGAUCAUGGGUCGUUCUCUUUGGGCUCCACAAGUGUUUAACUGUGGUGCACUUGACACAGGUAAUAUGGAGGUAUUACUACGCUAUGGAAACAUAGAGCAACUACAAGAAUGGCUAAUUCCUUUGCUUGAGGGGACAAUUAGGUUUGGAUUUGCAAUGACAGAACCACAUGUUGCAUCUUCCGAUACAACCAAUAUUGAGUGUUCUAUCAAAAGGCAAGGAGAUUCAUAUAUUAUCAAUGGGACAAAAUGGUGGACAGGCAGUGCUAUGGAUCCAAGAUGUAGAAUUCUUAUAGUCAUGGUGAGUAUUUGGUUGAAAGUUAUUGAAUUAGCAGUCCAUGUGCCAUUCAUGUCAAUAGAGACCAGAGGGUGAUAAAAACAUAUGGACAGGGGAAAACUGACUUCAACGCUGUGAAGCAUAAACAACAAUCUAUGAUCUUAGUGGAUGUCAAGACUCCUGUCAUCCACAUAAAGAGACCAUUGAUAGUGUUUGGUUUUGAUGAUACUCCGCAUGGGCAUGCAGAAGUAACAUUUGCAAAUGUUUGCGUGCCCACAAAAAACAUCAUACUUGGUGAAGGACGUGGAUUUGAGAUUGCCCAAGUUGAAAAUAUUUCCUUUAGGUUGAAUAUUGGGGUGUGAUGUUGGUUUGAACCUUUUUAUCACCAACUAAAUCAUCUUU